AUGGUGGAGCUUCACUCUUGUGCUCCUCUGGUAAAUUCUUCUGCACUGUGCGCUAUAGAGGAAGGAAUGAAAGGUGAGAGCGUCAAUAUCGUUGCAGAGAUUUCGGCCGAACUCGAGAGGGAACGGCAGAAGAAUACAGAACUCAUUGGGAGGAUACUAAUUCUUGAAGCUCAAUUACAAGAACGAGAGAAGGAGGAGCCUCCUCAUCGAGCAGACGGACAAGACCGUUCUUCCAAUGCAAUGACAAGACGCUUAAAGAAGUUCAAGCGACAGAAGACAGCACUCGACAACAAUGGAAUCGAAGAUGGAAAUGUUAUCCCAACCGUAAUGGCUUCGGAGAAGAAACACCACAAGCAAUGCUUGGCCCUUACAGAUCGAAUUCCGGAAGACCGUCUAGUCAAGUGGAUGAGCAUGGAGGAAACUCAGUUUUUGCAUUCAGAAAAAGUUAAAGAUGGCGGAGAUUCAGCAGACUGCGGUGUCAGUGAUGAUAGCGAUGACGAAGAUGAUGGUUACCGGGAAGAAGAUUGUGUUAAUAAUGUCUGUAAAGAAGGGGAAGUUGCUGAUGAUGUUUCAAGAAUUGUUAGUGAACCGAAAUGUGAAGUUGUUGAUAAGGGAUUGGAUGCGCAAUGUGAAAUAGUUUUUGCAGGUGGGAACGAGCCAGUGAUUCCAAAUGCGAACCAAGAAACGAAUGAAACACCCGAUACAGGACCAGUUUGUGAUGAGAUGCAACUUCAAACCGGAAACAAUAAAGAACCUAGUGAUUUUGGAAGUGACAAGGUGCCAUCUGAUACCCUUAAUUUCUCAGAGUUUUUCCGUGCAGGAUCAGCAAGCACAUCGCAACAGAAAAAACCUCCGAAGGUAGCAUUCUGCCCGAAAGAAGUGAAGAGAAUAAUUGAUUCAGAAGCCCUGCUGCUGAAAAAUGCUCAAUCCCACACAAUGAGGAAGAUCAUAGUUUUCGCAUCACUCGGAAUAAGGCACGGCUGUGAAGAUAUAUACGAGUUAGACUUCAAUCAUUUCAGCAUUUUAAGGAAGGGAGAACCAUUUGUGUCUUCGAAAGAUCCCGGGGAGCAUGUUCUGUAUGAGAAUCCUGGUGUUCGGAGGAAAGUAUUUUACGCGAACCAACAGAACCCGACAUUAUGUCCUGUUAAAAUACUCGAAGAAGAGAAUGCUAUGCGACCAUCGGAUUCUAGCUGCCCAUCAUGGCUAUUUCUCUGCAUAAAGUAUGGCGGAAGAACACGAAAUCUUCCCCAAAAUGAGUAA